AUGGCCAGCACAGGAGGAAAAAAAGGCUGGCCGGAAUUUGGACUAGGGCGAGGCUCUGUUACUCGACGCGGUCCCACCUUCUUGACACGAACAGCUACUGAUGAGGCUGCUCAAUUGCUGCGGCGGUCAUCAUUCCCAGGCACUCCAGAAGAACACCGUCCUGCGUCAGCCCACGAUGGCUCGGCCCACAAUCCUUCAAGACCUGCUACCGCCCAGUCUUCUGCGUCUGUUCCACCGCUUGAUCCGUUAGACAAAUCGACUUCUUCAAAAGCCUAUGGGACUUUUGAUGGCCCUCAAGAUUCAGCGGAAGUCCCUCAGCCGGCAGAGCGGAUAACCGCAAAUCAGAGUGCUCAAGAACAUUCGUUAGCAUCGUAUGUCAGUGCGGCAACGGGCAAGGUUGAGAAAUCGGUUGUGCACAAAAAUGGCACGUCUCUACGCCCGGUUGGAGGCUCAGAAAAACUGGGCACAUUCUCUGGGGUUUUUGUCCCUACGAGUCUGAAUGUCUUGAGCAUCCUUAUGUUCAUCCGCUUUGGGUUUAUACUUGGCCAGAGCGGUGUAAUAGGCAUGCUUGCCAUGUUGGUCGCAGCCUACGCCAUCAACCUGGUCACCACUAUGUCUCUUUCUGCCGUGGCUUCCAACGGCACGGUCAGAGGAGGUGGAGCUUAUUACUUGAUCUCCAGAUCAUUGGGUCCUGAAUUCGGUGGAGCUAUCGGGUUGGUGUCGUAUCUCGGCUUCGUUUUCAACACUGGCAUGAAUGCUGUUGCUCUGGUCGACUGCCUGGCUUACAACUUCGGCGCUGAGUCCGGAAACUGGGCCAAUGCUAUCCCUGAAGGUCGGUGGUGGGAGUACCUCUGGAGCACCUUGGUCGUGAUCCUGUGCGUCACUAUUUGUAUGGCUGGAAGUGCCAUUUUUGCGCGUGCAAGCAAUGGCCUCCUUUUGAUCCUGCUUCUGGCAACAUUUAGCGUCCCAUUUUCAGCCAUUAUUCGAUCACCCUUUCAGACCACGAAGCAGUUUCUCCAAUUCACAGGACUUCGUCUUGACACUUUGAAGCAGAAUCUGCUACCUCACUUCACCCGAGGAGCUGCUGGCAGCGAACUAAGGGGCAAAGAGAACUAUCAAGAUCUUUUUGGUAUUUUGUUUCCAGCAACUGGGGGAAUCCUCGCGGGUGCGAGCAUGUCAGGCGAUCUGAAGAAUCCUAGCGUGUCUAUCCCCCGGGGUACACUCGGCGGACUGGCUUUGACCUUUGUCGCAUACACUCUAGUGAUUCUAGCUAUGGGUGCAAGUAUUACCAGGGAAUCUUUCUACAGAAACGUCAAUGUCGUCCAGGACGCCAGCAUAUCGGGAACAUUGAUUCUAGCCGGAGAGUUGGCAUCGACAUUCUUCUCCGUUUUGAUGGGUAUUAUUGGACCAGCCAAACAACUGCAAGCUAUUGCUAGAGACAGGGUGGUUCCAGGUCUCUCAAUAUUUGGACAGGGGACAAAGAAAAAGGACGAACCCAUUUAUGCCAUCCUCUGCACUUUCGCUGUCACUCAGCUGGUGCUUCUUCUCGAUAUAAAUCAGAUUGCUUCGCUAAUCACAAUGACCUAUCUAAUGACCUUUGUUGCGCUGAAUGUGGCCACCUUCCUUUUGAAGAUCGGUUCUGCCCCGAACUUUCGGCCUUCAUUCUCGUACUUCAACUGGUGGACGGCGGCCUCUGGGGCACUCCUCAGCAUCGGCAGCAUGUUCUUUGUCGAUGGUAUUUCGGCGUCUGGUUCCGUUUGCCUUCUCCUCAUUCUUAUCAUGAUGAUUCACUACACCACACCGCCAAAACCCUGGGGCUCGAUUUCAGAGGUACUCAUUUAUCACCAAGUUCGAAAGUAUCUCCUGAGACUCAAGACUGAGCAUGUCAAAUUUUGGCGGCCGCAAAUCCUUCUCUUUGUUAAUGACCCUAGAAGGAGUUACAAACUCAUCCACUUCUGCAACUCGCUCAAGAAAGGUGCCUUGUUCAUCAUUGGCCACGUCAUUGUUACGCAAAAUUUUGGCGCCUCUGUGCCUGAAGCACGGCGUCAGCAAGCAGCAUGGAACAAAUUUAUCGACAUCUCCAAAAUCAAAGCUUUUGUGAAUGUGGCAAUUUCGCCUUCAAUUGAAUGGGGAGCCAGAAAUGUCUUCCUCUCCGCUGGGUUGGGGGGCAUGCGCCCGAACAUUGUUGUCCUCGGCUUCUACAACUUACAACAGUUCAGAUCAGAGCAACCGCUAGUCGACGUGCCCAGCCCACCUCCGGAACGAAAAGCCGGAUCGAUUAAACGGCGUCGUACCAGCAUGAGCCAAGUGCGAGGCGCAUUACCUACCGACGUGUGCUAUGUGGAAAAACGGACGGACAUCCAGAGUUAUGUUAUGGUAUUGGAAGAUAUGAUCCUCAAACUGCGGACCAAUGUUGCAGUUGCGAUAGGUUUUGCCCAUCUGGAGCUUCCUAAGGCCAAAGCAAGUGUCACAAAGAAAUAUAUAGAUCUCUGGCCUAUCCAAAUGUCCGCCGAGCUCACAUCUGAAACAGACGGUCAACCCCAGAAUGUCACAACCACCAACUUCGACACUUAUACCCUCAUCCUGCAGCUUGGGUGCAUUCUCAACACUGUACCAUCGUGGAAGCGAUCUUAUAACCUCCGAGUCGCAGUCUUUGUCGAGUAUGAGGCUGAUGUGGAAGAGGAAAGAGCUCGAGUCACGUCACUCUUGGCAAAUCUUCGAAUCAGGGCCCAAGUUCUUGUGUUCUGGCUGGCUUGCGGUACCGUCAAAACAUACAACUGUGUUGUAAACGGGCAAGAUGUGGACGAGGAGACACAAGAUCAAGUCAAUAAAGUCCUGGAAGACGAGGUGUGGUGGCAAGAACUUCUUAAGCUCCGGGGCAAGUCUAGAUCUGGUGAUGUUAGUGCUAUGGAUGCCCUUUCAAUGACAGAUGACUUUGCUUGGCCAAGCUCGUCUCUUCCAGGCAGAAGAGACAGUGUCUUCAUUCGGAUGGAUGGUCUGCGCAGGAUCUUGACACAUCCAAGAAAGAGAUCGUCGUUUGGCAAUUUGUCCAGCCUUGGGGUGAGUCUUUCUAUGAGAACUUCACGCAUAGAUGACGACAUGCUUAGCCGACACGCAUCUCAUCCGAGCGACUCUGAGCGCUCCGAUUCCGAUUCCGAUUCCCAGGACGAGGAUGAGGAAGAGUCCGAUGCAAGCUUAUCAGAAGAUGAUGGAGAGCAGGUCCAGGAGUCGUCGGCAAGUCUGAGGUCCGCACUCAAAACCAAAUCAUCGUCGUCCAAAAAGAGUAGUCAAGCAAGUUCCAAAAGGUCGAGCCGCAAGAGGCAGAAGGAAGAAACUUCAGGGAUGGGAUGCUCUGCGUCGGUCGAGCCAGAAUUGCAAUUUGAUGAAGAGGUUCCGCGUUCAGCUGACGAGGAUGUCGACCGAGGCCGCAGUCCGGCCGCGUCGGACUCUGGUGUACCAUCGUUGAGGGGAAGCCUUGAGGUUACCGGCUCGUCGCAAAAGUCUUGUCCAGCUUCGCCUAAUUUCACAUCCGAACCUGUACCUCUGGUCAGAGUGGCCAGCGACGAAGCCGCUGGUCCCUCAAUCAUGUUCGCCGACCACCCGCACCCGCGGCGACAGAAUGCUGAAGUAAAUGUCCCCAUUGCAGGACGAUCAAUCUACCAACGGACAAAAGAUGACCGCGCUGCUCCUCAACCGCCCGCUCCUGGCUUUCCAAUGGCUGCCUCGAUUCCAUUGUCCUUCAACGACUUACCGAGUCGAGCACAGCAUCUGAUCUUGAACGAACUCAUAUCGCAGAAUAGCGACGAUACGGCCGUCAUCUUCACCACGCUACCGGCACCGGUAGAAGGAACAUAUCGCAGCGAGACGGAUAGCCUUGGAUAUAUCAGUGAUUUGGAGGUGUUGGCUGGUGGACUGCCGCCGACUUUGCUGGUGCAUAGUAACAGCAUGACUGUUACUACGAAUUUAUGA